AUGCCUCACAAACACAAAAGAAAGCGCGAAGACCAAGCGGAAUCAAAUUUCGACCUCCCUCCAUCUUCUCGAGCACGCACUCUAUCCGUCCACCAAAAGUCGGAAACGAUAUUCGAAUCCACCAAGGACAAGAAAUCAAAACGCGACGCGAAAAAGGCGUCCAAAAAGGCCGGUGUGAAAGAUGACACACCCAAAUCCUUUGCGAGGCUCAUGGCCUUUCAACAACAAGGCAAACGUUUGCCGUCUGGUCUGGACGACGGCACUGUAAAGACUACAAACAAUAAAAAGAACAAGAAGUCAAACCUGAAAUCCAAUACGACCGAGACACGGCCCGACAAUGCGACAACAACAAACUCUGCCGCCAACGACGGUGACACCGACAAGAACGCUACCCUCCAAAUCCUCCCUGGCGAAAGGCUGUCCGAAUUCGCCGCCCGUGUGGACCAAUCCCUCCCCUUGACCUCCGUACCUCGCCACCAAACCCGCAUCAACAAGAUUCCCGGUUUGGAAAAGAUCAAGACCCCACUGACGAAGCACAACAAGCGUCUGGCGCGACUGCAACGCGAAUGGCGCCUCACCGAAGCCAAAAGGGUCGCGGCGCAGGAAGAAGAGGAUGACGAUCUGGCCGACAAACGCGAGGAGGAUAAUUUGUUGUGGCUAGGCGCGGGCGUCGAUCGAGACAACACCCUCGAAGGUGGGAAGAGAAAGAAGAAGAAGAAGAAGAAAAGCCACGACGCAGACGACGUGGAUCCUUGGAAACAACUGGAGAAGAAACGGCGCGAGGAAGGAGAACUCGGACAAAAGAAUCUCCAGGACGUGGUUCUGGCGCCCCCGGUCUUGAAGAGUGUCAAGAACAUUUUCAAGGAUAAAACCGAGAGGGGGGACGUGAAGGGUGUACCCGGAGUUGUAUAA